GAUUAAAAUUUAACUUUUUUAGUAAAAACUGCUUCAAAAAAGUGUACUGCAAGUGUUUUGAUAAAGAAUAUCGUAAAUAUUUUGUUUCCUAUAUCAUGCUAGAAGGUGUUGAUCCACUGAAGACGGCAAGCGUAGACAACAUAAGCAACAAUCAAAAUUAUGACGAAUCACAGCGCCGUCAAGGUCAGCCAGCGUCAGCAACGUUGUCCAACCGAGCGUCUGAUUCAUCUUCAGUGUCCAUAGUGGUAGAAGACGGAGUGAGCCGAAAAACCGAUAGCAGCUACCAAUUGGCAAACUUCGAACCCGUUCGUAUUUUGAACAAUAACAGUACCCAUAAGAGCGUCUCACUGUUGGGCCAUUUUGUGAAUCUAUCGCGUGAAAAUUACGCGAUCGUUGUGUUGGAAAAGACGGCCUUCACCGAGCCGCAGCUGAGAAACCACGAGCGUCAUCAAACGUGUGCGGUGGUGACGAUAGCAAAUCCUAAAGACGUCGCGACGAACUUAUCGCAAGCUAGUGAAAGUGUGCAAAGUAGCGCAACUGGUGCAGCAACAGUCGAGAGAAGCUUUUUUUCGACCACGUCCCAGCUGAGGACUGAAUUUGUUAACGAUAUCUACGGAAAUUUUCUGUGCGUUGCAGAUCCGGAAGUGAAUCAAAUUAAGGUGACAAUCAUUUAUCCAGCUACCGAGAAGCAUAUCAUAAAAUUUUCAACCCAGAAAAAGUACCUGCUGGAGGAGACUGCUCGAGACUAUCAAACCGUGACAUUGCCUCACAUACAACGGGAGCAGCUAAGCUUAGAGUGGCUUUACAACAUAUUAGAGCAUCGCAAAGAGCAAGACCGUAUUAUCUUUGAGGAUCCUUCGGAGGAGCUUGGCUUCAUUUUGCUACCGGAUAUAAAAUGGGACGGUAAAACAUUGGAACAGCUAUAUUUGCUUGCUUUAGUACGUCAGCGAAGUAUCAAAUCGUUGCGGGACCUAAAUGAUACGCAUUUGCCAUUACUGAAAAAUAUCCAAAAACGAGGAAUUGACGCAAUCAAAACGCGCUACGGAAUCGGCGCUGAUCAGCUGCGAGUUUAUAUCCACUAUCAGCCUUCAUUUUAUCAUUUACACGUGCAUUUAACAUAUCUCAAGCACGACCCACCUGGUAUUCAGUGCGAGAAAAGUCAUCUUCUAACAUCAGUUAUCGGAAAUCUUGAGCUGCUACCAGAUUAUUAUCAAAAGGCGACACUUUCCUGCGUUUUAAGUGAAACUGAUAAGCUCUACAAAAAGUUUGAGGCAGCGAGAAGCGAACUGAUUGAGCCCGAACCCAAAAGGGCUAAAUUAGAAUAG